GGGGGUGGAGACCUGGCUGAAUUCACUUUCAGCGUUGUUUCCAUUGAAAGGGAGUUUAAAGAGAAAGGAGAUGAGGAAUUGAGAAUAAGCCAGGCUUUUCGUGCGGUGUUGUUGUUGUUGUUGAGAGAAACCCCAUUUACAGCCCAGCAGACCAUGGGACUCCCGUGAGAGGGACAGCAGUGUACGGCGUUCCCCUCAUCCUGCGCACCCCCGCUUCCUUAUCCUGCGCACCCGCCCACCCUCCUCCCGACAUCUUCACCUUGCUCUCUCUUCCCCUCCCCCUCCCCCGUCGGCAUCUUGGGAAUUGCUCCCGGCGCAGGUUGUUGAUGCGCUUUCAAGAAUUGUCCCACCCCCCUCCCUCCAUAAUUGCGACUUUGGUGACUUUUCCCCGUUUGCUGAAGUCUCUUCCCGUCGGUGAUCUGCUUAAACUGGGGGUACUGGUGACCAAGGAUCCAGUACCCAAUUCCACUGAUCUCAGCCAAUUGAUAGUGAAUCGGAAGACGACUGGUUGCAGAGGAAAAGGAUCUUCUUUUUUGAGCGAUUGAUGGUAUGAUUCUGGUGCAUGUGGGAUGCAAGACUGCUUGGCCUGUCAAAUAUGGAUUAGUAUAUGGGUGAAUUCGUCAAUGUGGGUUUGUUCAGACGGAGCGAAUGGAUCUAUGUGAAUCCCGCCCAGCAAUACAGAAGCACACAACCGUGGAGACCCCAAGACCACCCCUGGUUCCUGCAGAAAGGAACAAUGCGGCUGCCGCCGCCGCCGUACGCCGCCCCCGAGCAAGGGAAGUUAGCUCAAGGUUCAAGUCGCCCACUACGUCGACCCCUUCGGUUAGGCGAUGCCCAUCUCCAAGCCUCACGAGGACAGCAAGCACGCCCUCUCAAUUGGCGCCAAAGAGAGCCCAGUCAGCCGAGAGGAACCGCCCAUCGACGCCAGCCUCGCCCUCACGUCCAUCCACGCCCUCACGUCCAUCCACGCCCUCACGUUCAUCGGCACCUUCACGUCCGUCCACACCUGUACAUGAUUCAUCUGUAGAUACGCAAUUGGCACCUAGAAAAGUUAGCUCUGGUAGAUUAGCAGAAGGUCUGUGGCCUUCCACAAUGCGAAGUUUGAGUGUUUCUUUCCAGUCCGAUUCUAUUUCCAUUCCUGUUGCCAAGAAGGAGAAAUCUGUAAGUAGCACCCCAUCGGACCGCACCUUGAGACCCACUUCAAAUGGAGUACACAAGCAAUCUGAGACGCCAACUGUGGUCCGAAAGCCUACGCCAGAGAGAAAAAGAAGCCCGCUCAAAGGAAAGAAUUUAUCUGAUCAGUCGGAGAAUUCUAAGCCGGUUGACGGUAUAAAUGCUCGUCUGAUUGAUCAACUUAGAUGGCCUAGUAGAGCAGGUGGGAAAGUGUCUUUGAAUGCCUUAAAUAGUAGCUCGGAUCUUCCUGAAAAGAUCACUAGAGGGUCUGCAUCAAAAUCAGGAUUUGGGUUAUCAACAAUCAGGAGAAUGCCUUCUUCUGAUGGGUCGAUGAAACCUCCGCAAAGAUCUACCAGUGAUGCUGAAAGACGACUGGCAACUGAUGAAUCCGACAGAGGAGAGUCUGAUGGAAAUUCAUUUGAGGAUGAUUUGCUCGUUGGCCCGAAGAGGCUUCUUUUAACAAGUUUAGCUGACAGAAUGACUUUAUCAACUCCUGCAGUUAGAUCUCAGUCUUUGCCUAUUCCUGGAUCUCGUCUACCAUCACCGAGUAGGACAUCUGUCACAUCAUUCCCUGUUUCUAGAGGUGCCAGUCCAUCAAGGACAAGGCCAUCAACGCCCCCUUCGAGAGGGAUAAGUCCCUCUCGGAUAAGACCGGCGAAUGUUUCUACUCAAUCCAGCAGCUCAACAUCUGUUCUUAGUUUUAUUGUCGAUUUUCGUAAAGGGAAGAAGAGUGCUGGUUUUAUAGAAGAUGCUCAUCAGCUCAGGCUGAUGCACAACAGAAAUCUGCAGUGGCGAUUUGCUAAUGCACGGGCAGAGGCAGUACUUCAUGAUCAGAAAGCAUUAGCAGAGAAGACUUUAUUCAACGUUUGGGUCGCUAUGAUUGAGCUCUGGGAUUCAGUUAUCAUGAAGAGUAUUAUUCUUCAGCAGAUGCGGCUAGAGCUCAAGCUGAACUCUAUUCUGAAUAAACAAAUGACCUACCUCGAUGAAUGGGCUUUGCUUGAGGAAGAUCACAUUAGCUCAUUAGCUGGAGCUGUAGAAGAUUUAGAGGCUAGCACUCUUCGUCUUCCUGUUACCGGAGGAGCAAGAGUAGAUAUAGAAUCUUUGAAAGGUGCUCUUUGCUCUGCUGUUGAUGUGAUGCACGCUACAGGAUCCUCUAUGUAUCCUCUUCUCUCAAAAGUUGAAGAAAUGAAUGAGUUGGUAUCCGAACUAGCUCUUGCAGCAACUCGUGAAAGGGCAAUGCUUGAUCAAUGUGAAACUUUAUUGGCUUCAACAGCUGCUAUGCAGGUGGAGGAAUGCAGCAUCAGGACACAUCUCUUGCAAUUGAAGCAGACGCUGGAGAGAAGGAGCACCCUAUUCCGGCCGUUGAGAUUGCCUUCUUCACUGUCCUUCAUAUAACACGUUCCGCAGAUCGACUCGGGUCUGUUCGGGAGUCGGAAGCUUGUAUAUUCAUAUCACGCCUUUUUCUUUUUUCUUCCUUAGAUUCUAUUUCUCUUUUUUUUUUGUUCCAUUCAUUUUUUCCACUUUCCUCUUCUGCCGUGGCGGCACCAUCAGGCCCCACCUUCACAAUGUAAUUUUGAUCAAAACGGUUUGAGUAUAAUUAGGAAAAGCAAUGCAGAGAGAGAGCAAAGGGAUUGGAAAUGAAUGAAGUCUAGAGCAAAAUAGAGGAAUGAGCGAGUGAAGAUUUUGUGUA